AGGCUGGACUGGAAGAUCCGCUUCCAAGAUGGCGCACUCACAUGGCUGUUGGCAAAAGGCCUGGGUUCCUCCUUGCAUGAAUCUCUCCACAGGGCUGCCUGAGUGUCCCCAUGACAUGACAGUAGGCUUCCCCCUGCAUAAGUAAUAGAGAGAAGAGAGGGAAAGAUCCUCUUUGGAGAAACAUCUAUUCAAAACCUUAACCAAUUUGAAAAAUCCACCGUGUCUUCAGGGGCCAGCAUGAACACCUGCCAGAGCCUGAGGGAGCAGCUCAGGCUGGAGGUUGGGGUGGAGAGGAUCAUGGUCUCUCCAGGGGCCUCAGAGUCUCAUCACUACAGGGUGCAGAAUGGCUGCCAGAAUGCUCUGCUGGUCUGUGUUCCAGUUGGAAGUGACCCCUGCCGGGAGCCCAGAUCCUGA